CACAAAGACAGCACUGGAGAUCAGCAGAAGGUGGAACUUGCUCGCAUUCUUAACUGGGCACAUCAUUUGGACUGGGAGUAAAAUCAAAAUGCAUUGGCUGACCUUACUAACACUGGUCUGCACUUUCUCUUCUGUGGAUGGUUCACCAGGUUCUAAGGCAGUGUUGAUGGGAAUUGGAGCAGUUUGUGCCAAUUUUGUUGCUCAAAGUAUUAUUGCUGGACUAGGAUUCACGGCCAAUGGAAUAGCAGUCGGUUCCUGGGCAGCAAAAUUAAUGUCAUUUGUCACCUAUAUCAAUGGAGGAACAGUACCACCUGAAAGUUUUAUUAUCACACUUCAGUCCAUUGGCACCGCAGGAUUUGCUCUGUCGACCCAGAUCAUGUUGGGAACCGUGGGUGCCCUUAUUUCAUCAUCAUCAACAUGCAAACUAGGAAUUUUCUGAACUUAAGUAAAAUUGUUACAGUUAACUAAAGAAAUAAAUUGU